AUGGCACGAUGGGAUGCUCGAGAAACCUUCUCCAUUGACCCGAAUGCCACAACUUCAUUCACUUGCGUGGGCAUAACUAAAUCCGAGAAUCGCAGAUGCCACAACGCUAUUGGGAAGCUAAAAUGCAACACAGCAGCCAAAUUACUAGAUGAACUUUCAGCAUUACCUAUUUCUGGACAAGGCUACAAUGAAAGACGGCUAAAAGGAAUAAUAAAAGAGCUACUUGAUGAAGUACUUUGUUGGAGACACAAAGAUGGAGGAGGGCACUCUCAGAUCGAAAAAGUAGAAAAAGAGUGGUGGUGCAAGGUGCAGAUGGCGCAAGCAGCGACGAGAAAUAAUGGAAGGCAACAGCCGGCGCAGAUGGUACAGCGGAGGAGGGAAUAUCGACCUGUUGCGGACGUGGAGCCAGCUGUUGCUGAAUGGGCUUCUCAGUGUCUCGAAUUGAAUCCAAUAGAAUUUGCGGAUCAAAUACGGGUUCUGGAGGAACGUCUGGCUCGCGAUGAGGCAGAGAGAGCGGAAUUGACGAUGCGGGUAGAGGAAAGGAGGAGAAUAUAUGAGAGAAUACGAGAGGAACAGAGGCGAGCAAGAGAGAGGGAGAAGCGAGAAGCAGCAAUGCGGCGAAGAGAAGAGGAGGAGAGACGACGAGAUGUCGAGAGAAUUCAAAGAGAAAGACAACGGGAAGCGAAUAGAAUUCGCGAUGAAAGAGAAGAAAUGAUGAGGAUGGAUAGAGAAUUUGCAUUAAGGCUGGUAAGAGAAGAGGAGGAAGAAGAAGAACUAAGAAGAGAAGAAGAAGCAGAAGCAGAAGCACAACAACAACGAGCAGCACUAAGAGCAUUGCGGAGGGUCGAGAAUGGGCGACAAGCACAAGUGCCGUAUCUUUUUGCAGUACCGCAACUAUUCCGGCCUCGUCCUGUUCAACGCGAAGUCCAACUCGAGCAGUUUGGAAAUUCGAGGACGCAUAAGAAGCUGGCAAUGCGAUACUGGGAAAUUUAA